AUGAGUGGUGUCAAUCUUUCUUUGGCAACUAGUUGGAUUCACCAAAUUAAUUAUAAUAGCCUAGAACAUCUUUCUUUGUCAAAUUGUUUGCUACAAGAUGCAGCAGGAGCUGGCACAAGUAUGACAGAAAUCAAUUCAUCAAGUAAUCAAAUCGACGGAAAUAUUUUUGUGAAUGCCACUAAAAAGUUGAAGCACUUGGAAUUAGCUGGUAAUUCUUUAACAAAAAUUCCACUCAUUAUUGGAAGUCUUAUCCAUCUUGAGUAUCUAGAUAUGUCAAAGAAUUAUAUUACUGGAGGGAUACUUUUGAGUAUGGGCAAUCUUAUUUGCUUGGAGUAUUUAGAUUUGCAUGGUAGUAAUAUUACUGAAGAGAUACCUCUGAGCAUGGGCAAUCUUAUUCACUUGGAGUAUUUAGAUUUGUCUGGGAAUUAUAUUACUGGAGGGAUACCUUUGAGCAUGGGCAAUCUUAUUAGCUUGGAGUUUUUAGAUUUGCAACACAAUCUUAUCACUAGAGAAUUACCUUUGAACAUGGGCAAUCUUGUCCACUUGGAGUAUUUAUAUUUGCAUGAUAAUCAAAUCACUGGAGAGCUACCUUUGAGCAUGGGCAAACUCACUAGCUUAAUACGUAUGGAUGUGUCAAAUAAUGAAUUUUUUGGACGUAUACCAGAUGCUCUCGGCAACCUCACUAGCUUGUUAUUUUUGGAUAUGUCAUCUAAUGAAUUUUAUGGAUGUAUACCAAGUGCUUUGGGUAAUCUCGUCAAUUUGGAGGAAUUCUACCUAUUUGAUAACAAUAUUUCUUGUCAAAUACCAGAAAACAUUGGCAGGCUUCAAAACUUGAAGCAUUUUUAUGCAUCAGGUAAUAACUUGAUGGGGCAAAUACCAUCUAGUUUGGGUGAUCUAUGCAACUUGGAAGUUAUGGAUUUAUCUGGGAAUAGUAUUGGUGGACUAACAAAUCUACUUGAUGGUUUGUCUAAAUGUCCACAAGGAUCCAAGUUACAGAACUUGCGCAUGAAUGGCAAUAAGUUGAGUGGGUCAAUCCCUUCUAGUCUCGGGAAUUUAGCUCAACUGCAACACUUGGAUGUCUCAUCAAAUUCAUUACAAGGCAACAUAACUGAAGCUCACUUCUCCCAGCUCACUAAUUUACAGUAUUUGAAUACAUCUUAUAACUCCUUGAAUUAUAUUUUACCAGAUGAUUGGGUUCCUCCUUUCAGUGCUCAAAUUAUUUAUUUGAGAUAUUGUAGUUUGAAAUCUAGAUUCCCUUCCUGGAUUCGAAGACAAACAACUUUGUGGGUACUCGAUUUAUCUGGAGUUGGACUUUAUGGAAAUAUUCCAGGUUGGUUCUCAAAUUUCAUCUUGAAAAAUCCAUCUAUCGCUCUGGACAUAAGCUCAAACAAUUUGAAUGGCCAAUUACCUUCAAGUUUAUCUAAUGUCAUGGAUCUAUCAAACAACUCCUUUGAAGGAACAAUUCCAUUGAGCUACAUAAAUUUUGAAGACGUUCAAGUAUUAAAGUUGUCUACUAACGAUAUACAUGGUAGUUUGCCGGCCUUUUUUUGCAAUUUCACUAAUUUAAGGAUAUUACAACUAUCCAACAAUUUUUUAUCAGGCAAAGUUCCAAAUUGCCAUGACUCAUAUCCAAUUAGUUUGAACUCCCUGCACAUGAACAACAAUAGUUUGUCAGGACCAUUUCCUUCUUUUUUUAGAAAUUGCAAUGAAUUAGUUGGUCUUGAUCUUGGUGAGAAUAAAUUUUCUGGUACAAUACCAAAAUGGGUGGGAAGGAGCUUCCCUUUUCUAACGUUUCUUCGUUUGAGGUCAAAUUCAUUCCAUGGUGCUAUUCCGGCGGGUAUAGGAAAUCUUACUCUUCUCCAAGUUUUGGAUCUCUCGUUCAACAAACUUACUGGUAGUGUACCAUCCACUAUUGCAAAUUUUAGUUCUAUGAGUGUGAAACAAAACUACAGUAAUUACUUGUAUUUUAGUGGCAACUAUUCUGGUUUUCAUAGUAACAUGAGCUAUUUCAUCGAUGAUAAUAUUAUAAUAACUGCAAAAGGGUUAACCAUUGAAUACACUAAAGCUCUUAGUGCGGUGUCAAGCAUAGACCUAUCAAACAAUGAGCUCUAUGGUGAGAUUCCAAAAGAGAUCACGAAGCUACAUGGAUUGUGCUUCCUCAACUUAUCUAAUAACCAUUUGAUAGGAAGGAUUCCAGAAAAUAUUGGUGUUAUGAAGGAAUUAGAGUCUCUUGACUUGUCAGUGAACAAUCUCAUGGGAGAAAUUCCUUUCAGCCUAUCUGAUUUAUACUUUCUUGGCUCCUUGAAUCUCUCCUACAACAACUUGUCAGGAAAAAUCCCAACAGGAGGUCAAUUGUCAACCUUCAAUGACUCGACCUAUGUUGGCAACAAGGGCCUUUGUGGUGCGCCACUUCCAGAGUGUCCCAGUGAUGAAGCAAAUCAUUCACCAUAUCAAGAAAAAGAUGAAGAAGACGAUGAGAAGCUUGAAAGAGUUCUAUAUUAUGCCUUUAUUGUCAUGGGAUUUAUAAUUGGAUUCUGGGCAUAUAUGGGCGUAAUAUUCAUGAAAAAGUCCAUAAGGAUUACUCUCUUCCAGAUGGUGGACAAGAUGUAUGACUGGAUGUAUGUGCAACUCACACUGAAGUUUACAAAGUUGAGGUUGAAAUGGCAAAAAAAAGAGUUCAAGGACUCAAACUUUGAAGGAGUGAAGAGAGAUCGCUUCCUUAUAGUUGGUCACAUUUAG